AUGGGUUCUCAACAGACCUCAACGGACUCGCCCGGAAGUCCGUCCGUCGCGAGCAACAUGCAUGUGGUGCCUGCUGCCGCCGCCGCGAAGGAAGACCGUAUCCGACGCUUGUAUGGAAAGGCCCCGGCUAGAUCAGAUCUUCUGCACAAACAGAUGCAGCGGAAGUAUUUCGACUCUGGCGACUACGCGCUGCAAGACGCCCACAAACCGUCCAGCAUGGGACCGGUCCAGACAGGCGCGGAGCACCCGCUCCGUAAGAACAUACCUCACCCGUCCUCGCCGGUGCCAACAUCCAGCAACAUUGUGGAUAUCGCGGCGGACAGGCAUCGAGAUGCGACUAAGGGAACGGACACCAGCGGAUCGAGUAUGCAUCGAUCGACCCCCCUGCGCGAGGUAUUGGAAAAAGAUCCGUCCAAGAUAGAUUGA